UUUAGUGAAGAUGAUGUCCGCAAAAGACAUGGUUAAAGUAAUGAUCGUCAUGUUUGCAAUUUGUUUUUUUGCAAAAUCAGAUGGGAAACCUAUCAAGAGGAGAUCUGUGAGUGAAAUACAGCUUAUGCAUAACCUGGGCAAACAUCUGAACUCCAUGGAAAGGGUGGAAUGGCUGCGGAAGAAGCUGCAAGAUGUGCACAAUUUUGUGGCCCUUGGAGCUCCUAUCGCUAAUAAGGAUGGUGGUUCCCAGAGGCCCCGGAAAAAGGAAGACAAUGUCCUGGUUGAGAGCCAUCAAAAAAGCCUUGGAGAAGCAGACAAAGCGGAUGUGGAUGUAUUAAUUAAAGCUAAAUCCCAGUGA